GACCAAAGUGUUUGAACACUUUGGGAACAUUGUAAGAAGAGCAAACAGAAACAUGAACAACAAGAACCAAACAGCCACAGCUUCUGCAGUCGCAACCAACGGUAAGAUACCAAUAGACGAGAGCACCGACGAAGAGGAGAUAUGGAGAGCGGCUAUGUCGAAAUUCCAAGCUCGGGAAGAAGAGAUCGAGAGGAAGAAAAUGGCCGUUAAGGAGAAGGUUGAACAGAGGCUCGGCCUCGCGGAGGAAGCCACCAGAUGCUUGGCUCAGACUUUAGAAGAGCUGGAGAUCAUGGGAGACCCCAUGAGAAAAGAGGUUGGAGCCAUAAGGAAGAAGAUCGAUACUGCGAACCGGGAAAUCAAAUCUUUGGCUCAGAAUUGCCAGAAGAAGGAAAAGGAAUACAAGGAGACGGUAGAAGCUUUCAACGAAAAGAACAAAGAGAAAGCUCACCUUAUUUCGGUAUUGAUGGAGCUUCUUACGGAGAGCGAGAGAUUGAGGAUGAAGAAGCUGGAAGAGAUCAACAAGACCGUGGGGACCUUGCAGUGAGGAUGGAGAUUUUUGUUCAGUGUAUCAUCAGUGUUUCGAUUAGACUAAAAGCUACUCUCUUCAAAUACUACGGUGUAAACGGAAAUGCAAAGUGAAAAGACCGAUUUCUAUUUCUUAUAUGCGAAGAGACA